AUGUCACACCCUUUAUAUUUAUUUGAAUUACGCACAACACCCUCCACUAUCGAAGAGGCCAUCGCUCUCAGGGACUUGGAGUCCGACGGCGCCAAUGAUGCCGAUCCCAAGGUCCUCGUCGUGAAAGCCGGCCGCGGCACGGGCGUCACAUUCGGGCAUCUGACCGGGAGCGAGGUCCUGGUCCGCGAGUUCGUCACGCACGACGACGACCAAACCCAGACCCAGACCAUGGCCACCGAGGUGCUGGAACACGCCAUCGUCCCCGACGGGAGCACCGACCGCUUCGCAUUCUACGGCGACUCGGGCGCCCUGGUGCGAGAUGCGCACCGUAACCCGGUCGGCUUCCUGUUCGGUAGGGUGACCAACAAGCCGAAGCCGGGCCGCGCAUAUCUUGGCGUGCAGACUGAGACCGAGACCGAAACGAAGAGCUGCCGACCCGGCGAUGUGGUCGUGUACUUCUCCAUACCGGGCGCGGAUCUCUCGGGCGCCUGUCUCUACACGCCCUUUGGCAUCGUGCUGGAGAGCAUGCGUGCCGCACUGGCUGCUGGGUCGCCCGGAGAGCUCGAGCUCGAGCUCGUGGUUUGA